AUGAAGUUUGCCAAGGAACUCGAAAGAGACGCUGUCCCUGAAUGGCGCAUCAAGUAUCUCAACUACAAAUCCGGAAAGAAGCAUAUCAAAGCCAUUGGAAAAGCCCUCUCGCGCGCAAACGGAACUCCUAGAGGUCUUGGGCAACCUCGUGUGCCCCAGACACCGCGACAGCCAUUUACCAGAGAAAACACUGCCGACGGAUCUGCGACAAUAGCUUCACCAUCUGCCGUCGCACCCCCAAGAUCGAUCCCUACACCUCGAAGCGGAGGCCGCGAAGACGAGUCCCUCACCGAUUCAGGUGAUAAUCGCCACUAUGGAAGCUUCGUCGAGACGCCCCCGGAGCCGUCACCCUUAGCUGGCGAACCUAAACACCGCGAUUUCCAGCUACCCGCGCCUGCGUUAAAGGUUCACGACCAUGAUCACGAUCUUCCUGGAUCGCCAGCCACAGUCGGGCCGUCCGACCUCAUGCGAAGAAGUCUCCAGCGAAUAGACCCUCGCCGAACAUCGUCAGCCAGUGUUGUAUCUACAACUGCCUCACCUCAUGUGAACAAUUCCUCUAAAAACCCCACGGAACCGGGUGCUCAAGACUCGCCUUCUCACCUCCGCCGACUUUUCACCCACCAAUCCACAUCAAGAAGCGACAGAAGAGUUGAUGUUGAUAUGCAGAAUUUCGACCUGGUGAAAGAGAGGGAACGUGAGUUCUAUGACUUCCUGGACUCGGAGCUUGAAAAGGUAGAGACUUUUUACAAGAUGAAGGAGGAACAAGCUGGUCAGAGGCUGGACAUUUUGAGAAUACAGCUACACGAAAUGCGCAACCGUCGAAUUCAGGAAAUGGCCGACGAGCAAACCAACAAAGACCUCCCUCCUAAGAAGGGAAUUCACGAGAAUGCCAACGGCAAGCUUAAUGGGAUUAUGGAUCCGAUCAAGGCCAAGAUCUUCCCCGUCGGGCCAAACACCAAGGCGUUACAGAAGAUGAAUGUCACCCCGAAUCCUAAUGGCAACAUGGAGCGUGAUGCGGAGAGAGACUACAUUCGGCGACCAACGCAGCACGAAGUUUCGUACCGCACAGCUAAGCGCAAGCUCAAGCUCGCACUUCAAGAGUUCUACCGUGGACUCGAGUUGCUCAAAUCAUAUGCGAUGCUAAACCGCACGGCAUUUCGAAAGCUCAACAAGAAGUACGACAAGGCCGUCAAUGCUCGCCCACCAUAUCGCUAUCUUAAUGAGAAGGUCAAUCAGUCGUGGUUCGUCAACAGUGAUGUGCUGGAGGGACAUAUACGGACAGUUGAGGACCUGUAUGCUCGCUACUUUGAGCGCGGCAACCAUAAACUGGCCGCUGGAAAGCUGCGCAGCUUGAAUAAGAAGCCCGAGGAUCAGUCAAUUGGCAUGUUUCAGAAUGGUCUGCUCAUCGGCACUGGUGCAGUAUUUGCUAUUCAGGGUCUCAUUUACGGAGCACAGCUCUUGUACGAUGAAGAUGACCAGGUGCGUAUUCGGACGAGUUAUCUAAUGCAGAUUUAUGGUGGUUAUUUCCUCAUGCUCUAUCUGUUUGCACUCUUCUGCAUCGACUGCAUGAUCUGGAAUCAGAACAAAGUCAACUACCCUUUCAUCUUCGAAUUCGAUCAAAGGCAUCAUCUAGACUGGAGAGAACUAGCUCAGUUUCCGAGUUUCUUCUUUCUUGUAUUAGGUCUGUUCAUGUGGGUCAACUUCAGCAGAUAUGGCGACCCAGAUAUGUACAUUUACUAUCCGGUUAUUCUCAUCUUCUUCACUGUCCUAAUUCUGUUCUUUCCUGCUCCUACGAUAUUACAUCGAAGCCGACGUUGGUUCGCCUACUCUCAUAAUAUCGAACUCUUUUUCUGUCUUUAUGCCAACUACUGGCAGAAUCCAGUUCAAUGUAACUCGAGCCAUUCACGGGCUCUUGGAUUCUUGACUGCUCUUCCACCCAUCUGGCGAUUCUUGCAGUGUCUUCGCCGAUACAAGGAUACACGCAACGUCUUUCCACAUUUGGUUAACGGUGGCAAGUAUACUGUGAGUAUACUUGCUGCCGUGAUGCUGUCUUUGUAUCGUAUUCACAACUCCAAUACCCAUCUUGCCCUGUUCAUAACAUUUUCGACCAUAAACAGUGUCUACUGCUCAUUCUGGGAUCUGUUUAUGGAUUUCUCUCUCCUUCAAUCCGGAUCUCGACACUGGUGUCUUCGAGAUAUUCUUGCCAUCAAGACUCGAUGGUUGUACUAUUUUAUUAUGGUGGUUGACCCUAUCCUACGAUUCGCCUGGAUCUUUUAUGCCAUCUUCACCCACAAUACCCAACAUUCCACUAUCGUCUCCUUCAUGGUUGCUUUUAUGGAAGUCACUCGCCGUGGCAUGUGGACACUCUUCCGUGUCGAAAACGAACACUGCGGAAACGUGUCGCAGUACAAGGCCUCUCGCGAUGUGCCCUUGCCCUACCGUAUCGAGCCCCUUAUGGCCCGCGCCAGUACUGACGCUUCCUCGGUUGCUACACAGCAACCGGAGGCCACUCCCGGUAUCGGUUCAUUCGAAGAACCUUCUCGCCAAGGCACAGCUGAAUCAACCGGCGUAUCGCUCGGACAACAAGAACAGGGCGUGUCUCGACGCAGGGCUGGAACAGGACCGCCUCCGCUCAAACGAACUCUCACAAGGUUACUCGCCGAGGCACAUAAGCAGGACUUUGAGAAGAAGCGUCGUCCGCUUGAGAAUACACCUGAGGACCCUGCUUCCGAGUUGGGCCCGUCUGACGACGAGGAUGAUGCGGAUGAGGCUGUCAGCUUGCUUGAAAUGACGGAAGCUGAAGAUCUGGCACGUGCGUCUAGUUCCAGAUAUAUCUAA